CGGCGCGCGCGGGAGGUGGGAUAUGACCGGGUGUAUGUGAGACUCCAGCAGGCGACGCUACUGCCUCCGGCGCGCCUUCCCCCGAAUUGCUGGAAGAAGUGGUGCGCUCCGAGCGGUUCCCGGAGCUCCUAGGCUCCGGGGCAGGUCCGCGGCAGGCACCUGCGCACCGGGCUCCUGGGCACCGGGCGCACGCUGCCAAGAUGCUGGGGCUGCUGGUGGCGUCCUUAGCCCUGGCGCUUGCCUUCUUCGCGCUGCUGGAUGGCUGGUACCUGGUGCGCGUACCGUGUGCGGUUCUGCGUGCACGCCUGCUGCAGCCGCGCGUCCGCGACUUGCUGGCGGAGCAGCGGUACGUGGGCCGGGUGCUGCCGUCGGAUCUGGACCUGCUGCUGCACAUGAACAACGCGCGCUACCUGCGCGAGGCCGACGUAGCGCGCGCAGCGCACCUGACCCGCUGCGGUGUGCUGGGAGCGCUGCGCGACCUGGGCGCUCACAGCGUGCUGGCCGCCUCUUGCGCGCGCUAUCGCCGCUCGCUGCGUCUGUUUGAGCCUUUCGAGGUGCGCACUCGCCUGCUAGGCUGGGACGACCGCGCCUUCUACCUGGAGGCGCGCUUUGUCAGCCUUCGCGACGGCUUCUUGUGCGCCUUGCUGCGCUUCCGGCAGCACGUGCUGGGCACCUCGCCGGAUCGCGUAGUACAGCAUUUGUGCAAGCGCAGGGUGGAACCCCCUGAGCUGCCAGAAGACUUGAAGCACUGGAUCGCCUACAAUGAGACCAGCAGCCAGCUGCUCCGUGCUGAGAGUGGGCUCAGUGACACCAGAAAGGACCAGUGACCGCCACAUCUGCGCCCUCCCUGCACUGCCUAUCAGCCAGUCCAUUCUACAGAAUGGGCCACCUGGGCUGCAUUCCUAGCCAGAGUGGCCAUGGACAAGCCUGGCACCUUUUACCCGCUUUGAUACUCCUCUGUGCUUACCUCAUCUUGGGCAGCUGUUGAGGUGAAAAUUGUUGUCCUGGCCGAGCUUUGCCUCCUGGGUCCCUAUAGCAUGACUGUUCUAGUGUGUCCAGAUGAGCAGGAUCCUGGAGCAGAAGGGCCAGCACAGAGCCCAAAGUCAGGACUGUUUGUGGCCAGGCAGGCCAGAGUAGUCCUGGGUGUGGCUGGGGCCUGCACCUUACUCAGGGACAGCCAGCCCUCUUGAGGGUCACCUUAUAGCAGGGAAGAUAGGCCAGGACAGCCCAGGGGCCCCUUAGAACACAGAAGGGCAUGUGGAAGCUGGUCCCUGGCCAAGAUUCUGACGAUGCCCACCACUCUAAGAGGAUGUACCCUGUCUAGCCAGGUCAUCUAGGCUAGGAGUCCUAGUGUAGGGGGUCCCAUGACUAUGCCGAGCACCUGCCCUGUCAUCUCAGGGAAGGGGACAGCUGCUUGAAGCUAGGCACUGCCUCCCUGCUACCUCUCUGGGAAUUAUACCUGGAGCCAGAGCCAAGAGCUUCAGUGAUGCCCUGACCCUCACUUGCACCCCCUAUCCCUACGCUACUAUGCUUGCCUUAGUGCUGUCAAGGGGAAGCUGCAAUCUGUUUUAUUUAAAGAAAGCACAAGAUUAAAGAGUUUAAAGGCAUGUA